GUUAUUCUUCACUCAUCUUUCUCUAAUGGCUGCGUUUACUGCUGUGUCAGAUUUGAAACCGUUCAAGUCUAUGUGGAAGAUUAGGGUAAAGAUCAUUCGUUUGUGGAAGCAGUAUUCUGCAGCUGGUGGAGAAACAAUUGAGAUGUUUCUAAUCGAUGAGAACGGUGUUAAAAUUAAUGCUACUGUCAAAAAAGAUCUGGUUAAUCAGUUCGAUUCAUUCCUUUCACAAGGAAGUUCAAAACAUUUUUGUGGAGCAUUGGUCCAUGUAGGAGAUCUUAUAGUUAAUAAGACAUAUCAACCGGCCAAAGGUUACAGUACUAUUCUGUAUUCGUUGGAGUUCUCCUUAAUCGAUCUCGGGUACACUCAAGUGAGGUGUGUUGCUCAUGGUGCUCUAGCCCGUAUUUUAAAUGAUUUCUGGCAUUCUAAUACUGCAGAUGUUGUAGUAUGUGUUUUGAGGUUAUGGCGAAUUGAUUGGGGAGCAGGUGGUCUCACUUAUGUUACAAACAUGGAAGGUGUUUCUGAAAUUCUGUUUGAUACUGACAUCCCAGAGAUUCAGUUCUUCAAAUCGCAGAGGUUGGUGUCCAAGCUAAUGCCAAGUUGGAAGCGUGAGGCAGAAGUAAAAAAGCUCGGGUACAAGAUUUAUGGCCAUCCUUUCUCCACCAACACAAGGCGUAUUCUAGCUAUCCUCCUUGAGAAAGGGCUCUCAUACGAGCCCAUUACUGUUGAUUUGAAAUCUGGUGAACACAAAAGGGAAGCUUUCCUCUCUCUCAACCCAUUUGGUCAAGUCCCAGUUUUUGAAGAUGAAAACGUUAAGCUGUUUGAGUCUCGAGCCAUCACACAAUACAUCGCAUAUCUUCAUAGCGCAAGAGGCACGCAGCUUCUGAGUUUAGAAAGCGAGGAGACACUGGCAACACUAACAAUGUGGAUGGAAAUCGAAGCUCACCAGUUCGAUCCAUUUGCAUCAAGACUCACUUGGGAGCAAGUCAUCAAACCUAUCUACGGUCUAGAGACUGACCACGCGGUAGUCAAAGAAAGCGAGGUUGGUCUAGAGAAGGUUUUAAAUGUCUAUGAAAAACGACUCGGAGAAUCUAGAUUCUUGGCUUGUAAUACCUUUACUUUGGUUGAUCUUCACCACUUACCCAAUCUACAAUACCUUUUGGAAACUCCAACGAAAAGAUUGUUGGAAAAUCGACCUAGGGUACGUAUGUGGGUGGAUGAGAUUACUGGUAGAGAGGCUUGGAAGAUGGCUUGUGAUCAAGAAAAGUCCUGGUUUGGUAAGCAAAGGAAAGAUGAUAUGACUGGAAAGGCUUUCAAGAUGCCUUGUGAACAAGCAAAGUCCUGGUUUGGUAAGCAACGGAAAUAAAUGAAAGCAAAAGAAAACUGUGUGUGGGAAUUUGUUUGUGUUUGUAAGCGUGUGCUGUUGCUAAAGUAAGCUUCUGUUGUUUGUUGACUGCUGUGGAAUUCAUCUUAUAAGAUUCGUCGUGUACUGGCUUCUGAAUGUCUGAUGUAUAUGAAUAAAGGAAAUUAAAAAUUUGUUAUG